UGCACCUCUUCUCUCUGAGUUCCUGUUUAGUUGCACUACAGCACGGCAGCCACGCUGAUAUAACUGCUCCUGUUGUUCAGUGCCUAUGUAGGCUGAUAUAACCUGAUGCUGAAGGAUGUGGUUACAUUUCCACCUCUUUUCAUCUUAAGCGCUGGAUUACACUGCAAGGACAUCGGUUCCGUCUCAGCCCGCACAUUGAUAAAAGGCAAAGAAAUUAUGGGAAGAGGAUAAGAGCUCCAGUUACAGUCAAGAUGCAGCACACCUCGUGCACAGAGGACCGGAUCCAGCACGCUUUGGAGAGAUGCCUGGAUGGACUCCGGCCAUCAGAAUGCCUGACACAAUCCUGGAGUGCUGGCUGGUGUAUGAACCGCUGGAGUCUAGAAGAGCUGGUUAAGAGGGACCCAGAAAAUUUUCUCAUUUUGCUGCAGCAAAUUCUCAGAAAAGCCAGAGAGGUUCAGCAGGAGUGCCAUUAUGAGCUUGUGGCCCCCUUGGCUCUCAUGUUUGAGUCCACACUCCUGCAGAUGCCUCUUUGUCCAUCUGAUGGAGAGAUUCUGACAGAAGCUUGUGAAGUGUUUCAUGGCUUUCUAGCAUGGCCUGAACCCUACUGUAGUGUGUGUCGUAACCUGCUCUCCACUUUACAUCAAGAGCUGAGAGCUCCAGGGAUUUCGUACCACAGGCUGGUAAGAGAGGAACAAGGACUUGCCACCUCCAGUCAGCGUUCUAAGAUCAUUACUGUGUUCUUGAUGAACCCGGCUGAGGUGCCUGCUGAGUUCCUGUCUGUGGCGGAGCAGCUCAGUGGAGCAGAGGUCUCACAGAGAGAGAGCAGCAUUACACUCAUUAAACACAGCUACCAGGCAGUGCUCGGAACUAAAUACCCACUACAGACCAUCAGCAGUGCUCUACAGUGCCUGAGUGAUGAUGAGUUGGCACAGAUCCUGUCCUCAGUGAGUGACCUUCUAGAGUCUGCAGCGGCCAUGAUGGACAUAGCUAAAGCUCAAGAACAUGUGAGGGGUGGUCUGGAGGCGCUGCGAGAAAAACUGGCCAUACCAGCCUCCAAUGGCAAGACUUCAGAUGGGGUUCUUCAGACGCUCGGCCUUCCAGCAGCCAAGUGCUACACCUUCCAUUGGGACAAGGAUAAUUUUGAUGUUCUAAACGACCUUCUAGACUUGAAGUCUGAAUUGACCUUAUCUCAAACAUCUGAGGGCAUGGAGGAGGAGGAUGAUGUUGACAAUGUGGAUGUGGAAGAUGAUGAAUAUGAGGACUUGGAGGAAGGUUUUGUAUCAAACGGUUGCACUAACUAUAGGGCCUCAACCUUCUCUACUGUCUCCUCCCUAUCCACGGCCUCCAAAGACUCCAUGUUCUCCACUCUCUCAGUCGCUUCCUCCGAAUGCUCUCCCCUCUCCACACUCUCAUCCUCAUCUCAAGCUUCAGGCACUGACAGUGAUUUCUGUGAGGACGCAGAAGAGGACUGUCUGAGCACAGCGUCUGUGCCUAAGUCCAAAACUGGCGCACGACUUUCCAAGCGCCUCUCACGGCUUUUCAAACCUCACAGCAACUCUCUGUGUCGAGCUAAAAGCCUGGGUAGCCCGGAGGCUAAAGAAUUAGUGAUCGCUGUCCGCUCUAAGAGAUCCAAUUCUCUGCCACAGCAAGUGCAACUACGGAGCUCUGAGUUAGGGUUCCCGGUGCCUCCCAUGUCACAGCUGCAGUAUGUUUGCUAUAGGAGAAGACCCAUUCUGAGUACCGAUGAUAUGGACGGGCCACCAGGGCCCACAAUGCUCAGAGUGGUGGUGUUUGGGGCAGAUCAUGUGGCAGGGAGACUCGCCCGUGCUUAUGGCAGCCUGAGAAAAAGAGAAAGAGACUGUCCACACCUGACCAAAGCUUACAGGAUGAAGUUUUUCUUUGUGCCUGUGAGGAGAGAUACAACUCCAACCAACUUCUCAAUGAGGAACUCUGGUUCUUCUCUGCAGCUGUCAGUGAGUCCACUGAAACCAGCCAUCUCUAGCACUCAGGAUCUCAGUAUGAAUGGGACGGAGGACAGCACUAAUGACAUAGCCAAUCUUCUGGGAAUGCUGGAUCCCUGGUAUGAGCGGAACACUCUGAGCCUGCUGGAGCUUCCUGUUAAUGUGGUGUGCCAGCAAACAUCCAAAAUUGAUUCAGACUUGUCUGAGGGUGCUGGUGAGGAGCGUUUACCGAUAUUUGCUGACCUGGUGCUCUAUUACUGCCGUCAUGCCGCCCGGCCUGCCCUCAUUCAGCUCUAUCAAGCAGAGUUGACACUAGCUGGAGGAGAGAGACGGACUGAAGUGUUUAUUCACUCUCUGGAGCUCGGACACACAGCUGGUACAAGAGCCAUCAAGGCCAUGGGUGCUGCAAGUAAGAGAUUUGGCAUUGAUGGAGACCGUGAGGCUGUUCCUUUAUCACUUGAAAUUACUUACAAUCGAAUAAAUAUCAGUGGCAGAAGUCAGAAGACAAGGGCAGAGAAGUCUUGCACCUCUAUAAACCUGCUAAAAGCAUGCAGAAAUUUUGAGGAACUAGAUUCGAAAAUGGAGUGCCUUCAUUUGACAAUGACAGAAGUGCUAAAGAGACAAAACUCUAAAUCAAAGAAAGGCUACAAUCAGCAACUGACCACCACACAGGUAAAGGUGGAUAAGGUUCAGGUUAGUGGAACUUGCAACACCACCUUCGCAGUUUGUCUGGACCAAGAUGAGAAGAAAAUUUUACAGAGUGUGGCCAGAUGUGAGGUAUCAGUUUGUUAUAAAUCAGAUAGUUCGACUGAUUGGACGAAAGGAAGGGUGUUCUCAUCUCAGACGCAGUCUCUGCAGCCAACCUUCUGCUCUCUGCUUUGUCUGCCUGUUGCCACUUUCAGUGGACCUCAGCCUUGAACUCAGAGACUAGGUUUAACCCCAAGACUCCAGCCUAAUAGACGUCAAUCUACGUAGUUUUCCUCUUCCACUUUUAAACUACAACUCUUCAUAUCGACUCUGAAAAAAGCUAAGAUACACUUUCAGGCAAAAUUUAUUACGUUUGUGAGCAUUGUAUUUACGG